UUUAAAUUAUGUUGUCGUGAUUUCUCUUUUUUUUGUGAAUAAAAUUUCUGGGAUUAAAAGUGAUAUUAUGUGUACCUAUAUAAAUAUAGAGUUGUAGAUAUUUGUAUAUAUGUGUAUUGUAUAUUUAUAUGGUGAGGGUGUAGAAUUAGUUUUUCACAGCUUGUGCACAGGGAUUCCGACAUCGAAGCGAUUUACAAGUAGCAAUAGAAUCACGCAGGCGCCGCGACGCUUAGCGUCGUUUUCUCUGUUACCAGUUUGCAAGAGGUACCUCACCUCGUCGGACGUAGUUUUUUUUAAAACGUCAAAUAUUGCCGGCAAAGUUCGCGGGCACGUGGAGUUGUAAAAUAAACGUUCGCAUUUAUAAUAAUAAUAAAUUGUCACAAAUGUGACUGAAGAGAGGAAACAAAUAAUGAAUAAUACAUUUUAUUAUUCAAAAAUGAAUGAAACGAUUAUAUUGCCAAAAAGGAAAUUGAUAUCGACAAUCGUCUUGUGCGACAAAAAAUAAGGACCAAAAUAUUGUCGAGAGAAUCUCGAAAUUUCAAGGCGUCUCCGCUUGUGUUUUUUUCCAUUUAUUUUUAUUAUUUACUAGUUAUUAAUUACGAAUCACUAAUUACUAAUUACUAUUUACUAAUUUUAAUAAUAUAGAUUGAUUUUUAUAUUUUCGAUAUUUUUCUUACAUAUUUCGGGAUUGGAGUAUAAAUUCCGGGGGGGUUUCAAUUAUUAAAGUUCGGUUUGGGAAAUUGUGACGGACAUUUUUUGUGUUGUGUGUAAGUUUUUCGAAAAAGAUUACAUAAUUUCUUACAAGUGAUAUUCAAAUUUUUGAAAAUUAUGCCAAAGAAGUCGGGGGAAAAUGCAGUCUUAUCGUUUCUUUAAAAACUCGUUUAUACUUGCAACGAUGCAAUCGAUGAUUACAUUACAACUUUGAAUACAAGGGCUUUUGCAUCAAUAAGGAGAGCGAGAGAGAGUCGACGAUGGAAACGACAAGGGAAGUGGCGCAUUUCAAUCGAAGUCUGAGGCUCAAGGAUCGCAAAUGCGGGACAAUUUCGAGAAACAGAAAAGAGGUCAUCUUUGGAAAAUCUCGUGCAAAGAUAAAUUUUAUUGACACGUAGUGAAUUUCUCAGUGAUAGUGGAAAGAAAAAUAUGCCGGGGAUCGUAGUCUUCCAACGACGAUGGAGCGUCGGAAGCGACGAUCUCGUGGUGCCUGGUGGCUUUUUAUUUAUUCUACAUUUUAUUUGGAUGAUAGUUCUGGCGUUGAUAUUGGGAAUUCUUGAGUGGGAUCGUGGCGUUUAUUGCAUCCUUCUUCUCUGGGACUAUAUUCUCGGCUACUUGACAAUAUUCAUAUUAACGAUGUCUGUUGAGUUUUCUAUUUGCUUGUUGGCGACGAGAGGCAGCAUUUUGGAUACAAAUGCAAGAGCUCCAAUGCCCUAUCUUCUUUACAUACGACUGUUUUUAUUAUUAGUUGAGACGGGAUGGUUGUGCGCUGGUGUGACGUGGUUAGCAUAUUUCUAUCAAUCUUGUCCCGUGGAUCAGACGAAAAAGGACAUUAUGUUAGCUCUCAUUAUUUCGAACUGGUGUAUUCAAGCGUCAGUUGUAGUGACAGUGUGGUGUACAUAUGAUACUGCAGGCAGGUCCUGGGUGAAAAUGAAGAAAUAUCAACGUAGUUUACGAGAAGCUGAAUCACGGGGCGACAGAAUGCACUACAAACGUAGCGGUAGCAGGAAUAGAAAUUGGCGACAACGAAAAGUCAUUCGUGCCUAUCAGGAUAGUUGGGACAAUAGAUGUAGAAUGUUAUUCUGCUGCAUGGGAAACUCCGAUAGAAAUAGAAAUUCCUUUGCGGAUAUUGCGAAGCUAUUGAGCGAUUUCUUCAGGGAUUUAGACGUAGUUCCGUCGGACGUCGUGGCGGGUUUAGUGUUAUUACGAAGAUUUCAGAAAAUUGAACGAGAGCUGAUCGUGAAGCAGGGAAAGAACGAUAUCCAUGAGUUCCUAUCAGGAGUGCCAAUCACUCCUCGCACUAAGUUCCUGCACUUGACCGAGGAAGAAGAUUUGAAGUAUUUCCUGCCAGCUGUUCAUUAUAUGCACUUUGCAUUAGCCGCUUAUGGCUGGCCACUAUUUCUCGUCUCACAGUCCAGUGGCCUUUGCCAAUUAUGUACAAGAUUAAGAUGCUGCUGCUUCUCAUGCAAAGGAGAAGAAGAUGAAACUAUAGUCGUCGAGGAUAACUGCUGCCAAUGCAAUUACGCUGUACUUCGAAGAUUGGUGGAGAUCGGACAAGUCGAGGUCGUUUAUGCCACUUACCAUGUCGACGUUGGCGAGACUCCAUUUUUUGUUGCGCUAGAUUACACCAAUAAAAAGGUGGUGGUUAGUAUUCGCGGGACCCUUAGUCUGAAAGACGUGAUGACGGAUUUGAAUGCAGAGGGUGAAGUAUUGCCAUUAUCACCGCCUAGAGAAGACUGGCUAGCUCACAAAGGAAUGGUUCAAGCCGCUGAGUACAUUCGGAAAAAACUCCACGAGGAGGGAAUAAUUGACAAAGCCUUUGCGAAAGAUCCAGAGCAAGGCUCUCGUCAGUUUGGACUGGUUUUAGUCGGACAUUCAUUGGGAGCGGGAACAGCGGCAAUAUUAGCAAUUUUACUUCGACAAGAGUAUCCGGACUUGGUGUGUUUUUCGUUUGCACCGCCGGGUGGUCUUUUAAGUACGCCUGCCCAACAAUACUCACAGGAGUUCAUUACGUCCGUAGUUGUAGGAAAAGACGUUAUACCAAGGAUAGGAUUGAGACAAAUGGAGAGCCUGAGGGCGGACCUCAUCAACGCUAUCAAGAGAAGCGUGGAUCCCAAGUGGAAGACGAUAACGUGUUCUGUGAUGUGUUGCGGAUGCGGUUCGAUUCCAACAUCAGCGGCUAAUUUAGAAGCAGGCGGAUGUAUCAGCGAAUAUCAAAGAGAUAAGGAUAUGGCGAGAUCGCAAACAGUAGUCUCUGGUGACUCCAGCGUAGCAUUAACGCUUCAUCGACCACUUUAUCCACCGGGGAGAAUCAUCCACGUCGUACGAAGGCAUCCCAAUAAAAACGAGCAAAUAAAUCAAUCACGUUGGAGGAAAGUGUUGAGGAAGCACGAACCGGAAUAUAUGGCUCUUUGGGCGGAACCCUGUGACUUUGACGAAGUGCUCAUUAGUCCGGUGAUGAUUCAAGACCAUAUGCCUGACAAUAUGCUGAAGGCACUACGUAAGGUUGUAACGGGAAGGAGAGGAGCGAAACCUAAACGUCAAUCCUCGUCGGUCGAUGUUUUGAAUGCACGAGAAGCCCUAGAUAUCCAGGAAAUUGAGAUUGAACAAGAAAUGCGAGCUUUACUUUCGACAUCGAGUCCCGUCAAGUGUCCAUUGACUGCCGGGACACCGCCCCACAAACUCUGCCUGGAAACGAGCUUUACAUCACUCCAGAGUCCCAACGAAUUCCCUCAAGCAGGUCGUGAACUCAGCCUCGAUUCCACGGGUCUUCCUUGGGAAUUUAUUAGCUUGGCCAGUGAACUUUUGCACACGCCCAGGCCCAACGAGAGCAAACUGUCAAAUCGACUGGGAGACUGGGACAAUUUACCUCGAAUGGCUCCUUUAGCGACACCGGAAACUCUCUCUGAGGCAUCAAGUUAUCCACCAUCGCCAAUUCCACCCCCGAGACCAAUGAGACGAACUCCGAAAAUUUCCGGCAAUUUAUCAACUGCUGCUGACGAUCUCAAAAAUAAUCUUCAUUUUGCAAUGCUCUCGGCAAAAAAUUAUUUUCUUCGUGAGGAAACAAUGGGAAGCAAUAGCAGCAGCGGUAACAGUGAGGCGAGUUACGAGAGUCCUAAAAGUUUGGAAGCUGGACUUCCACCUCCAGUGCCAAGGAGGGGCGAUUCUGUGAUAGCGAGAAGGGAACUUCGGGUAUGUACUGCCGCCUGUUGCAGGGACGAUCUUUCGGAAAAUUCUUCAACCCACACAUCCUCGCAUUCUUCAGGAAAUUCUCAAAUUUCCCAUCGUGUGCAAAUCGAUUUUGCCGAAGGGAAUGAAAACUGUCUCUCUGGCGUUGACUAUUUCGGAACGAAGGAACCGACGAUAAUGACGUCAACGACGACGACAACGACGCCGACGACAACUGCGAGACAAGCGGAUAGUAACGAAGUCUUCCUCAGCGUGAGAACUUCCCCUGAUUGUAAAGGUCUAAUGGCUCCGGCAACUGAUUUAGGCGCAGAAUGGAAAAGAAAACUGGAUUCUGGAGCAAUUAGCUGUAAUGCAUCACUACCUCUUUUGCGCGGUUUAUCACCAACUCCUUCUGCGACUCAGUACAAUUCUCCAUUUUUCAACGCAAAGAGAAAAAAAUACGUAUAUCCAAUCACUCUAGUUGGACGAGGUGAAAGUAGCGUUUAAAAAAUAAUUAUAAUUAAGCAAAAACGAUUAAAAAAAAUACGGGACCAUGGGAAUUUAGAAAAAAAAUAUCUCCAGAUUUCGUUUCUCUCCCUUAGCAAGAAAAAAAAAUUGUCCAUAAAAUUCUAAAUUUGUACCUAAGAAAAAGUGGAAAAAAAACAGUUAUUGCUAAAAAUUUUUUAGCGAAAACAAAAAUUAAAUAUUAAAAUUAAAUUGAAAAUGUAAUUGAAAAUUAAUUUGAAAUUCGACAGAAAAAAAUUGGAGCAAGUCCAAGUUUGAAGGAAGGAAAACUCGACAUUUUUCCAUUUACAAUUAUCUAGUCAAUAUUCAUAACCACAAAAAAAAAUUAAUUCAAAUAUCUGCAGUAACUUUGGUUUUUUUCUCGCAAUAUUUGCAUUUUUAAAUUAUACUUUACAAAUCGUAAAUAAAAAAAGAAAAACGUAAAAAAUAAA